GUGUGUGUGGACCUGCAGAGCUGUCCUCUCAGUUAAAGCCAUACGUCUGCUGCUUCUGUGGAUUUCUUUGUGCUUUUUUUAAAAAAAAAAACACCUCUUCUCAGGAACUGUUCAGUUUUUCAGUCACCUUAAAGGGAAACCUGCUGUAGAUCAGAAGGGAGAUCUGGUUUCACGCCCGGCUGACACAGAGCUUGCUGUUCACUCAUGUUCUUCACAGCAGGAGGUGUGCUCUAAGAGGAGAAGGAGGGGAGGCAGAGGGAGCAUCUGUUCUGAGCACAGAAAAAGACAGAUUUCUGCUGAGACCCUGUGGUGUCRGUCCACACAUGGAGGCUGACCGGAGGGGUUUCUCUGGUUCCCUCUGAGGUCCCGGAUUCUCUCCAGAGUCGCCACAUCGAAGGAGUGCUCUAACCUCAUAGCAGCUCACUCUCUGGCCUUCCAUUUAAAGUGUCUCGGCCUAAGAAAAAAUUAAAUUAAAAUAAAUAAAAAAAACUCCAUGAGUUUCCACAAAAACCUGAAAGGUGAAUAGAGCGAGCUGGCAGGUGGAGGCAUGUGGACCACGAGCAUGGCUUGGCUCUGUCUCCUUCUUGUUGCUCACCUUCAUACAGCCGUCACAGAAAAUGAUGUCACUCCACGUCUCACCUUCUCCUACAAUGCAAAGGAAAGAACGACCAGAAGCUUCUCAGCCAGCGGGGUCUUCAACUUUACCUCCCUCCUUCUCAGCAGUGAAGACAACAUGCUGUAUGUGGGCGCCCGGGAGGUUCUCGUUGCUCUCAACCUCUCUGAUAUCAGCGCCGCCAAACUACAGAGAAAUCUAACUUGGAAAACUCCAGAGACGAAGAGAGAGGAGUGCAGUUUCAAAGGCAAAGAUCUUCAGAAGGAUUGUUUCAACUACAUCAAGAUCUUACUGCGUAUGAACAGCACUCAUCUGUACGUGUGUGGAACGUAUGCCUUCAGCCCCAUCUGUGCCUACAUUAAAACCUCUGACUUCUCCUUUGCCAAAAGCAACGCUGGUGAGAUUUGGACAGAGGAUGGACGCAGCCGCUGCCCGUUCAACCCUGAGUACAAGUCGACGGCCAUCAUGGCUGGUGGAGAGCUUUAUGCCGGCACCGUCAGUAAUUUCCAAGGGAAUGAACCCAUCAUUUACAAGAGUCUGAGCCAAGGCACUGCUCUGAAAACGGAAAACUCUCUCAACUGGCUUCAAGACCCGGCCUUUGUUGGCUCUGCUUACAUACAGGAGAGCCUGCCCAAGGGCAACCUCGUGGGCGACGACGAUAAGAUUUACUUCUUCUUCAGCGAAGCGGGGAAGGAGUUUGAUUUCUUUGACAACACCGUCGUGUCACGCAUCGCUCGUGUGUGUAAGGGUGACGUCGGCGGUGAGAGGGUGCUGCAGAAGAAGUGGACCACUUUCCUGAAGGCGCAGCUCUUGUGCUCGCUGCCCGAUGACGGCUUUCCCUUCAACAUAAUCCAAGACAUGUUUGUGCUCACGCCAAGCCCGGAGGACUGGAAGAACACGGUGUUUUAUGGAGUCUUUACGUCUCAGUGUGUAUCACAAACGCUGCCAGGGAGCAGGGCAUGUCCUCCUCGCUGCACAUGCCAGACAAGGUCCUGAAUUUCGUCAAAGACCACUUCCUGAUGGACAGCGUGAUUCGCAGCCAGCCUCUCCUUCUGAAACGAAACGUGCGCUACACGCAGAUCGCCGUUCAUCGUGUCCAGACGAAUAAAAAGGUGCAUAAUGUGCUUUUCAUCGGCACAGAUGAUGGGAGACUCCACAAAGCCAUAAAUGUCAAAAACAAGAUGCACAUAAUUGAGGAGAUGGUUCUUUUCCGUGAUUCCCAGCAGGUGCAACACAUUGAGCUGGACACCGAGAAGGGUCGGCUUUACGUCUCCUCACUCUCUGAACUGGUGGAGGUCCCGGUCUCUAACUGCACCAACUAUCAGAGCUGCGGGGAGUGCAUCCUGUCCAGGGAUCCAUACUGUGCCUGGAACGGAAGGCAGUGUGUGGAUAUCAGAAGUGCUCCUGCUAACAAGGCUUUGCAGCAGGAUGUAGAUGAAGCUGACACUUCUGCCAUUUGUAACAAAACUCUGCCAAGCCCUCGGAUGCCCAAACCUUCACAGACAUGGGCGUCAUCGUGCCAGGUGGUCAUUAUCCCAGCCAACACUUUCAAAGUCCUGCCCUGCAAGCUGCGCUCCAAUCUGGCUGAAAGAAGGUGGCGGUUCAGUGAGAGCGCUGGUCACUUUCAUUACCCCAGCCCAGAGGGGGGCCUGGUGGUGGUCGCUCAGACCGGCAGGCAGGUCACCUACGAGUGCUGGUCGGUGGAGGAAGGUUUCAGGCAGCUUCUGGCAAACUACUGCGUGAGAGCUGAGGCCAAGCAGGAGAGCACCACCCUGAACGGCAAGGUCCAGCUGCCCCAGGAGGAGGUCAUCAUCCUGCCGGGGGACAGCCUCUCACCGCAGAUCAACACCAAGACCUACUGGAAUGAGCUGAUCGUGGUCUGCACCCUCCUGGGGUUUUCCAUCGUGGUCUUCUCGCUCUUUGUGGUCUACAGGAACCGCGACCACAUGAAGUCGAUGCUCAAGGAAGGAGAGUGCCCAAACAUGCAGCAGAAAAAGCCCCGGAUGGUGGGCGGCAAACCUGCUGAGAACCUGCCGCUCAACGGCAGCACGGUCACGACCUCAGCGUCGGAUCACAAGGGAUACCACACCCUUAAUGACAAUCACAUCUGUGGCACGCCGCCGCACGAGUGCUCCUCGCCGGACAACAGCAAGAGCUUCUCAGAAUCAGAGAAAAGGCCUCUGAACUUAAAGGAGAGCCACGUAGAGAUUUCUCCCACGUGUCCCCGGCCAAGAGUCAGACUAGGYUCUGAGAUUAAAGACUCCAUAGUCUAAGGCUGGUUUCAUGUUACACACUAACUCAURAAAAACAAAACAAGAGUGCACUUGUUGGAAAAGACAAAACAUGAUUAAGAGUCAAAAGCAGCACUCUCAUUGAGAAACAUUUCAUUACAGAGAUUUUGCACUUUGUCUUCUUUCGUUCUGUCCCUGUGGAUCGAUGUGCAUUUGGUUUUCCUCUCCUCUGACACGUCCCUUUUCAAGCGCAUUUAAAGCACACUGAAGAACCUCCGGUUUGCCUUCAAGCUUCGGAUGCUUUCACACACAGCUCACGGGAAUGUAACGAGCACAGCUGUGGCAUCACGAACAGGACUUUGUGGUUGGAUUUCAGGGCAUUUCCACUCUUUCCAUCCAUAUAUUCAUCUGGUGAUGCCUUGAAAGGUAGAGUAUUACUGAUCUGAUGUUUUACCUUCAUUCUGCCAUCUGGUGAGAGUCCACUCUUCACUGAGGCUAUGCACUAUGUACUGUACUUUUAACCACUUACAUCAGAAUAAAGCAACAGUUAUGAUCUUAUGAAGUGAAGGUUAUGAGCCAUUAAUAUCUUACCUGUUGCAGAUAGCYCUUUAGGCACCUUUAUUUUGGAGAAAAAGACUGUGUUCAAACUGUCUACUCUGUUGCUGCAGAGUCAUGGCAAUUUUUUUUUACCUUUAAUCUUUAAUCUGAUAAAAGUGUCAUAAAUACUUGGCAUUGAUGGAAAAGGACCACAAUGUUGACACAGGCUAAUUCCUGCUAAUGCUAUCAUCUGCAGCUCAUUAUUGUGAAUUUAAAACUCAUUCAGUUGUCUUAAUCAUCCAUACAUCUCUAGUAUAAAGAGGAUGUGUCUCUCCUCCUCCUCUGUCUGAGCUACAGAGAAAUGCUAAAAAAACGUUGAACAUUAUUUAAAACUUUUGUAUCUAAAUAUAUAAAUUUAAAGAUGUGUUUUUGGAUAAGCAGUUCAUGUAGAUUUACCAUUUGAACACGUGCUACAACUCUAAAAACAUCUGUUCUGUACAGAAACACACACACACACACACACACACACACACACAUAUAUAUAUGUAUGCGUGUGUGUGUGUUUACAAUUUUAGUUAGUAAAUUUAAAGUUCGUAGCAACUGCAGUCAUUAAUUGUGUUAAUAAUUACAUUCAAGAAAAAGUACAACAAAUAUAUCAUUCUUAUAGAGACACUGAUUGUAUAUUGGCCAAAACCAGCAAAAUGUUUCGAUUUCAGUGACUUGACUUUCAACAUUUCCACAGUUGUUUAUGUCAAUUCUAUUCAUAAACCUUUCCAUCUCUGCCAAAUGUUUCAUUUAGUGGCUAUUUACAUAGAAUUCUGUGCUUAUUUGUGCGAGCAAAUAGCAGCAGCUGUGGUACUUCUGGUUUAGCCUGGGGUGAUUCCUGAAGGAGCAUCAUAUCAUUUUAUUUUUUUUGUCAAAAUAAUUAUGUAAUGUAAAGAUAACAGCUGUAAGAUGUCAGCAGUUAGUCUUGGCACAGCCCAGACUAGCCUUUAGCUCAUCAAUAUGGUCAGAUUUAAACUAUCUCUCCAGCUCCUCUACUGAGGUUGUUCAAUGAGCUAUCUACAGCAGGUAAUAUAUUCUUUGUUUGUGACCUUAAAACCCACUUCGAAAGAUCUGAAAUAUCUCUUUAACACAAGUAAGAUACAUCUAGGAAAGGUGUUUUCUACAUAGCAUACGUGCUUUCUUACACAAAUAAAACACAAAUAACAAAAGGAUUUCUUAGGAAAUUCAAAACGUUGAUUAAAUCUAGUAAUAUAGAAAAUAUUAGGAUAAAAUCAUAUCAGCGAAAAUGUUUCAGAAACUCCCACAAGCUCAGUUAAAAUACAAAAGAAUAUAUAUAAAUAUAUAUAUAAACAGACACAGAUAUACCUUAUAAGUAUUUGAAUUUGUACUGUAUGUAAAUAUUGUUUUUGAAAUUUUAAAUAUGUUUUCUUGGUUUUGUGUCACUGAAUGUGACGGAGGGUUAAAGCUCAUUCCGGUUAGUAUCACACUGUUUGUCAUGAGACAGGCGGUCUAUGCAAAGCAAAUAAUGUGAAGUGAGGUGAACGUGAGGUUAAAAAAAAAGACUAGCCUCACCUUGAUACUGGGUAAGCACAAGGUGUUGAAUUACUUUAAAAUCAGUGGAACUGCAAAAAAAAUUAAUUUUUAAACACCCACUCAUUCAGUAAAAAUACUGCAAGUAUGCAAGAGAAUUUAGCCAUUUUUGAAGUGUUUUAAUACGGCAGUAUGAUAUGAAAUUAAACAAGGGUCCAGGUUAAUAAUUUAAAUUGUUGCAUUUGAUUUAUUCAAACAUGACAAAUACUUAUUAUUAUGAGGCCAAAAUAGUUUUUCAAAGUCAUAUUAAAUAUAUUUCACUGCUCUCAAAGGGAAGCUAUUAUAGAGUGAAAUAGCACAUUAUCUUUUUUAAAAGUGACAUCUUCACCUUUGAUACACGUUAAUUCACGAUGAGUAAAAAAUAAAUAAAUAAACAAAACAACCACUGCUUGCUUGAAUGGUUUGUCAAAGCAAUAACUUUCAUCCUCGUCCAGAAGUAAACAUCAAUAAAUGCUCAAAGAGUAAACAACAUAAAUACUAAAGUUCAGAUAAUUCAUAUUUCAUUUUGGCUUUUGUGUUGUGAUGCUAAACCUCCUGCUGCCCCUGGGUAAUAAGGUCUCAGUUUUCAAAAUAAAUAAAUAAAUAAAUAAAUAAAUAAAUAAAUAAAUAAAUAAAUAAAUAAAUAAAUAAAUAAAUAAAUAAAUAAAUAAAUAAGUAGGUUAUUUUGGCUCAAGGGCAGCAGCAGGGUUCAGGUCUGUGCAAACAGGGAAGGCGGAUUUGCACUUGAUGUUUAAAGCCUUAGAUCAGUGCAGGUUGUGGGUCUGACCACAGUUUUGCCUGAGUGAAGUUUUCUGAAACAAUAAUCAGGAGAUGAUAGCUUUAGAGGUAAAGGUGUAAAAAAAGAUACUUCACAGAAACACCUGGAAUCAGGAAGUAUGCGUGAUAAAGUGUCAUAAAACAUUUUCUUCAAAUCUCUUUGGCUACAAUUUCAAUCAGGGAUGAAACCUUAUAAUGUUGCAUUUCCUGUAAUCGAGGUCAAACGUGAAUUUUAAAGACGGCGUAUCUGCAGCGGUGGGCGCGGUUCCGCUUAUCAGCUAACAGCUAAUGGUGGAACUAAUUUUCCAUUUAGCAGAUUAGCUACUUCGCUAACUUUUAAAAUAGUUCAUUAGGUUUUGUCAACUUUAAGCCUGCUGGUAGCUAACGAACAAACAUCAACAGGUUUGUCAGUCCCACCAGUCUUCAGCUCGAAGGACAGACGGGUGACCGCCUUAGCGGUUAGCUGUUAUUAUUAGCUUCCACUAUUUUUUUAAAAACAUGUUUAGCCUUAGUGAAGUUAUAUUUUUAUUUUUAUUUAGCUGAUUAUGAGUUAGUGAAGCUAACUUUUUGGUUGGCAGUGCCCACCUCUGUAAUCACUGGUGUCGGAUGAAUGACUUGUGCUUCGACUGUUAUUAAUAAAAUAAAACAAACGCCACUUUURAGACUGCCAUCAGAACUAAAUAAUAAAAAGGUUGGAACAAAAUGCAACAUGCAGCUGAAACUAUGAAAGUAUUGUCCUAUUUUCCCCCCUGAACCUCUGCCUUUUGUUCUCGUAACGGCACAGACUUUUGUCAACAUGCAUUGUACAGCUACAGUAAACAAGUUUUUUUUUGUAAAUUCAAUUUGUAAAUAAAAAGUACGCUGCCAAUGUACAA